UGUGUAAAUAGUUCUUAUCUGUUGUUGCCAUGUCGAAGCUAGCUUUAAACAAAAUUCGACAGUCUGCCAGUCUGUUAAUCUUAGCCAAAACUAAAAAUGCUGGUGCCCAUAUCUAUGAUUAUAAUGCGCUGCUCCUUACACGAACAUCCAAGUCCAGCUUCAUGCCAGACUCCUCGGUUUUUCCCGGCGGUGUCUGUGACUUAAAAGAUGCUUCUCCCGCUUGGCUGGAACACUUUCAACGCUAUGACAUAAGCGCAGCCAAAUUAACAGAGAUCUGCAAGAUUACCACACACGACAACAACAAUGAGCUAGAGACACCGCUAUCUUUGCGUCUCACUGCGCUACGCGAAACCUUUGAGGAAAUGGGCAUUUUGCUCUGUCGAGAUCGCAAGACUUUGACCUCUACAUCAGGCUAUGCACAGUUCCAUGAACAGUUCGAUCGCAAGCACUGGCAGCAUAUGGUACACAACGAUGCAAGCAAGUUCCUUACGCUUUGCCAGCAGCUAGAUGUGUUGCCAGAUGUGUGGGCGCUACACGAAUGGUCCGCCUGGCGCACACCUUCAACAUUUAAGAAGCGUUUUCAGACUGCAUUUUUCCUAACUGCACUAGAGCAGCAACCUUGUGUGCUGACGGAAGCCAAUGAGGUUAAGGAUUAUUCGUGGCGCUCGCCCUUAGACUAUUUGCAAGCUGCGCUAAAGAAGGAACUGUGGCUACCUCCACCGCAAUUUUAUGAGCUCUCGCGCUGUCUUAACUUUAAUACACUGAAAGAACUACGCCAAUUUGCUUGUAUGCGUGCCAGCAACGGUUGCAUAUUAAUGCAUCCAGUCAUGUACAAAUGCACCGAUGGACAAGUGCAUCUCCUACCUGGCGAUGAUAUGUAUCCCGUUGAUGCUGACUCCUGUAAUGACAAAAUUGAAACUGGUCUAAGUACUAAAGAGUUUCGUGCAUUAGCGAAGAACUUGCAUCGAUCCGAGCAUAAAAAUCAGCAUGAAUCUGAAUUGCUUAUAAACUUUCAGCCUGCAGAUGGUCAGGUGAAUCCACUAGAUCCGAGAAAAUGUUAAAUAAUUUGUUUCGGCACUGAGUUGCAGAAAAGUUACUCCAUAGAGUGAAAAAAGAGGCGUUCGAAGCUAUGACCGCAAUUAACAGUCUAUAUCCAACAACAAUAUUAUGCAGGCGAUGAUGAAAGUACCUUUUCUGGUCUAUAAAGUAUCAAAGCGUUUGUAAGAAUUCAUUGCUUGUAAUUGAAACAUCUUUAUUAGUACAGUGAGUUAACGGGUUCGAUUAGUGCCUUUAGCGUCUUUAAAACAUUCUUGACGCUUAAGCCAGAUUUGCAUUUGUUAGUUAAAUCAAUUGUUACUGUUAGUUGUAAAAUAAAAUAUUAUUUGUUG